GAGAAAGCCCUAAACCCUAGUUCUUCGCAAUGGCACUAUCUCCCAAACUAUUGCUCCAGUGGAAGGCGCUCCAAGGCCAUGGCGGCAGUCGAUUGGUAUGUUUCUCGUCUAGAGCGAGAGUCUUCUGCGAGAAUGCGCUCGAUCCAUCGCAAUCCAAGCUCGUGAGCGCCUACAUUGACAAGCUUCUCGAUUGGAACCAGCGUAUGAAUUUAACUUCCGUGACAGACCGUAAGGAAGUGAUGGAAAGGCACAUAAGAGACUCUCUUUCACUUCUCCCAGUGAUUGAAAAGCACUGCUCACUGAGCGAUGGGAGUUUGAAGGUGGUCGACAUAGGCAGUGGUGCUGGUCUUCCAGGAAUCAUUUUUGGUAUUGCAAGACCAAGCUGGAAGAUUACGCUGAUAGAAUCCAUUCAGAAAAAGUGUGACUUCUUAGAGGACGCUGUGCUCGCUGUGAGUUUACAAAAUGUUAGCGUCGUUCGUGCAAGGGCAGAGGAAAAAGGUCGAGAUGUGGAGUUUCGUGAAACUUUCGACGUAGCAGUGGCAAGAGCUGUCGCAGAAAUGCGAGUUCUCGCCGAGUUGUGCUUGCCUUUUGUUGCCGCUGGAGGAAUCAUGGUUGCCGCUAAGGGUGCCAAUCCUGAGGAGGAAGUUAAAAGCGCAGAAGAAGCUAUAACGCUUUUGGGAGGAUCAUGUGCAAACAUUAUUGAAGUUGAUUCUGAAAGUCCGUUCGGGACCAGGACUGCAGUUGUGUGCCUGAAAGCUACUCCCACGCCGGAGAAAUACCCAAGGAGACCAGGAGCACCUAGCAAACGACCUUUGGGAUUUAGAAGCAAGAGAACCGAAGCUGGAUAAGAUCAUCUAAGAACUGAUUCUCGAGGGAAGUUCUACCAAUUUUUAUACUGUAAGUCUCUUGUUAUAUCUUGAAAGACACAGGAAGUUGGAUAUCUAAACAACUGAUCAGAAGUGGUAGAAGAGCUUGGCAAUGACUUUGAUGAUGAAAGUAGCACCAUCAAUGGAGAGGCUCGCGAUGAAGUUGGUUUUGCCAUUAAACUCGUUAUGGCUGUCGAUGAUCGAGAAGACAAACAUGGCGUUGAAAGCAUUCCCAGUGAAGGACCCAGCGAGAGAUUGUCAUUGAAGACGAUGACCUCCCAAAGUCGAUGCCUGUGAUGUUGUGACCCGGGCCGGCCACCUCUUGGGAGGUGUCACCGGAUGGAUUGGUGGUGUUUUGGAGAGUGUCGCGGAGAGAUGAGGGUCUCUUUGGAGGAGCAGCAGUGAUUUGAGAAGCUGUGAUCAUCGUGACCACAAGAAGAAGAAGAUAGCGGAACUCCAUGGAUCAGAGACUACUUGGGAAAACACUUUGAUCUUGGUAGCUUUGCAUAAAUAUUUAUUUAAAACUAGGAGGAUAGUUAUUAGUAUGAUCACUAGAAUCACGCACUAUAUGGACUUCUUGUCAUGCUAUACUGUAGUUAAAAAAAGAAAAGUAUCCUUGCCUAAA